AAAUAAACAUAACCUCACUUGUACACACACUCGUAAUGUGCGUAUUGCAUUCAUUUUUGUCAUGUAAUUGAUGAUAAUCAAUUGUUUUUAGAAAUAACCCCAGAAGUUAUAUACUUAAAAAAGUAAUAUACCACAAUGGGAAAGAAAACAAAAGUAGGAAAACAACGGAAAGAUAAAUACUACCAACUAGCUAAAGAAACAGGAUAUAGAUCAAGAGCUGCAUUCAAAUUAAUACAAUUGAACAGGAAAUUUGGAUUUUUGCAGAAAUCACGAGUAUGUAUCGACUUAUGUGCUGCACCUGGUGGGUGGAUGCAGGUGGCCCACCAAAAUAUGCCAGUCUCUAGCAUAGUAAUCGGAGUCGAUUUGUUUCCAAUAAAACCAGUUCCAGGUUGUAUAGGUCUGACUGAAGAUAUCACUACAGAAAAAUGUAAGGCAGCAAUCAAAAAAGAAAUAAAAACAUGGAAAGCUGAUGUGGUACUUAAUGACGGUGCACCCAAUGUCGGUCUUAAUUGGAUCCAUGAUGCCUAUCAACAAGCUUGUCUAACAUUGAGUGCUUUAAAACUUGCAACGAACUUCCUCAGAGAAGGUGGUUGGUUUGUGACUAAAGUAUUCAGAUCGAAAGACUAUCAUGCACUUUUAUGGGUUCUGAAACAAUUCUUCAAAAAAGUACAUGCUACAAAGCCCCAAGCUUCUCGUAAUGAGUCUUCUGAAAUUUUCGUUGUAUGUCAGGGCUAUAUUGCACCAGAUACAAUUGAUCCUAAAUUUCUCGACCCCAAACAUGUCUUUGAAGAUCUUGAUAUAGUUAAAAAACAGCAUAUAAAUAUAUUACAUCCUGAGAAACAAAAAAAAGCAAAAGCAGAAGGAUAUAAAGAAAAUGAUUAUACCACACAUCAUAAAGUAAAACUGUCUGAAUUUUUGGGAAAAGAUGAUCCAGUAGAUCUACUACAUGGUUGCUCUGAGAUUGUUUUCGAUGAUAAGGAAAUAGAAACUCAUCCAAAGACAACACCAGAAAUAAAGGAAUGUUGUAAGGAUAUUAAGGUGCUUGGACGAAAAGACUUAAAAUCACUGCUGUCAUGGUUCAAGCAAAUGAAAGAAUAUAAAUCGUCUAAGGAGAAAAAAGAUGAUGAGCCCCAAACCAAUGAUGAAAACGAAGAACAUGAAACAAAUGAGGAUGCUGAUACUGAAGAAGGUGAUGUAGACACACAAAUUGCAGAACUGCAGGAUGAAGAGAAGCGACAAUUGAAACGUAAAAGGAAGCAGUUGAAUAAACAGAGACAAAAACUAGCUGAAAAAAUGAAUCUUAAGAUGGUAUUGAAAGGAGAUGAUGGUCCUAUUUUGGAAAGUAAUGAUAUGUUUCAACUCUCUGAUAUCAAGAAUGCAGAGGAACUGAACACGCUUAUAGAUCAGCAGCCUGACACAGUGGUUGAUGGAGAUGAUGCUUUUGAUGAUGAGAUUAAACUUAAGCCAAAGUACUUGAAAUACGAUGUUGAGGGAUCCAAGCUCGAUUCAUCAGGACUUUAUUACAAAGAUUCAGACAGUGAAAUUGAAAUGGAAUCUGAUUCAGAAUCUGAACAGGAAAAAGAGUCAUUAGCCUUCUCAGACUCAGACAAUGAAUCGAAAAAAAUCAAAAAAUUAACUAAAUUAAAUACUCUAAAAAACAGUCAAGUGAGUCCAGCAAACAAAUUGAAUAGAUUACAGUCUAUUCCAAAGAAUAACCCGUUGCUCACUGAUUUGGACAACACUGACCCAGUUUCGAAGAGGACUAUGAAAGCUCAGCUAUGGUUCGAGAAAGAUUCUUUUAAAAAUAUUGAUGAAGAAGCUGAUGAAGGUAUAGAUUUGGACAAGUUAACAGAAACAUUCAAGGAAAAAGGGAAGAAAGUCAUUGAAGAUGUGGAGUCAAGUAAACAAACCAGUGCACUAAAAAGAAAAUUGUCAGACAACGAGAGUUCAGAUGAUGAUUCCUCUGACAGUGAUUAUGAUGUUGAAGAAAACGUUACUCCCAGUGCUUCUAGCGCUGGGCCAAAAGCCGGCAAAGAAGGUUUUGAAGUUGUCUCCCAAGAUCCAGAACUGAAAAAACUAAAGAAAACUUUGAAAAUGGACGCAGAGACACUUGCUUUAGGAACCAUGAUAGCUACAUCAAAAAAAUUCAAGAGGGAUUUAAUUGAUGACGCGUGGAAUAGAUACGCGUUUAACGAUAAAAACUUACCAGAUUGGUUUAUGGAAGAUGAAAAGAAACAUAUGAAGAAAGACAUUGUGAUACCGGAGAAGUAUACUGAUGAAUACAAGAAUAGAUUACAAGACAUCAAUGUGAGGCCUAUCAAGAAGGUGAUUGAAGCCAAAGCGCGGAAGAAGAAGCGCUUGAUCAAAAAGAUGGAACGUGCAAAGAAAAAAGUCGAGGCGGUAAUGGAGAACGCUGAUAUGUCCGAGCGAGAGAAAGCACAACAAGUGAGACAACUUUACAAGAAGGCACAAUCUGAUGGUAAAAAGAAAAUCACUUAUGUGGUGGCCAAGAAACAUACAACUGCUAAGCGUAUGAAGAGACCACAGGGCGUUAAGGGUCAGUACAAAGUGGUAGAUCCGCGCAUGAAAAAGGACUUACGUGCCCAAAAGGCAAAGGAGAAAACAAAAGGUCGAGGUAAAAAACAACCCAAGAAACAAAACAAGCCUAAAAAAGUCCCCAAAAAGAAAGGAAAAGCAAAGUGA